UUCCGGCGGGGAGCUUUGGGAGAGGCGGGGCCGGCUGCCUGGUGUGUGGGAAGCAUAUAGGAGAGGUCCGGAGGUUGCUGUUACUGUUCAAGCUCUUCUCGGUGUGUCACUCUCACUCUGUACUAAGCCGCUCUCGCUAUGGGUGACAAGGAGUUCAUGUGGGCCCUAAAAAAUGGCGACAUGGACGCCGUGAAGGAGUUUCUAUGUGGGGGUGUGGAUGUAAAUCGAAUGCUUGAAGGUGGAAGGAAGCCUCUUCACUAUGCAGCAGAUUGUGGCCAGGAUGAGACUUUGGAAUAUCUUCUAUCAAAAGGGGCGGAUAUAAAUGCUGCAGACAAGCACGGCAUCACUCCACUUCUAUCUGCCUGCUAUGAGGGUCACCUUAACUGUGUCAAGUUGCUUCUAUCCAAGGGAGCUGAUAAGUCAGUGAAAGGCCCAGAUGGACUCAAUGCAUUGGAAUCCACAGACAACCAGGCUAUUAAAGAUCUACUGCAAUGAUGGACUGGAGCUUGUCUAUAUAGUUUGCCUCUUGUGUGGCCUCUCACUGCUGCCUGUCUUUCUUUCUCUGCCAGUUUCUUCAUCUCCUCAUUUUAUAUUUAAUGAUGUAGGGUACAAUUAAGAAUACAACCUUGAAAUUAAAAAAAAAUCCAUCAGCAGUUUUGGGCUUUAAAAAAAAAAAAAAAAAAAAUCUUGUUUCUAAAAAAAAUGUUUGGUCUAAUUUAAAUAGACACCUUUAGCAGAUUUGAAUUAUUUUAUUUACUAUACCUUGGAUAUUAAAUAUAUUUAAACAACUGCUCUGGUUUCUCGGUUUGAGAGCCUGUAAUACAUUGCUCAUAGCAAAUGUUUAUGCUUAGCCUGCAUUCAUUGCACAUCCCUCUAGCAGUGUUAUGUUGAAUGUUUUCUAACUUUGGAUCAGAAUGUAAUUUAAUAAAAAGUAACCACUUACUGACAGCCUUGAGAAUCAACAAAGAAUAUAAUACAAAGACAAUCUUAUACAGCAGCAGCAGCACUGUAUUAGGAUGUUGUUAAUAUUCUACAACAUUUGCUUCAAGAGGGUUAUUUAGAAGAACGUAUUCAGCUUUAUUUUGGGAUGUUCUCAGCAAUGUACAGCAAAAGUCAGCUCCUCCGGAUUCCUUCGGCUGAAUGUGUUUUCUUUCUACAAGUUGCCUUCAUAAACGGUGUAUAUUCCUGAAUUAGUUUUUUUUUUUUUUUUACAUUUUAGCACAAAAUACAUUUGAAAAAAAACUUUUGAAUUUGAUAAACAUGUUUCCAGUUUAGUAAAUAUCUUAAAUGCACUUAUGACGGUAAAACUGUUUAAAGCGUCUAAGCACUCUUUCAUGUAACUGAAGACAGAGAGCUGUAGAAUACAAAUGGGUUGCUGUGACUGUUUUAAUGAAUGCCUGAUUUUCUUGAGCAGAUUUUGUUUUGUAAAAAAAAAAAAAAAGUUUAAAAUCUAAUUCAUUCUGGUUUAUUAAUUCCCAAAACAUGUUUUUUCUACAAUAUAUUGUCAUUUAUUUACUUAAUAUUUUAACAUACCUCAAAUGCUCUGGUGUUUUGCUGACCUCAAAAAAGAGAUGUUUAAUUAGGGUGGAAUUACCAAUAUUAGAGCUAUAAAAGAAAUUUGCACUUUUUUGUGUGUUUGGGGGGGGGAGCCAAUUGUUAGUGUACCUCUCAUUUGGGUCAACUGUAGCCUAUUUUAAAAGCAAAUGAUUUUGUGCAAUUAAAAGCUUUGCACAAUUCCCACUACUAUUUCUUAGUUAAAGCAUUACCAGUUUCGCUACGUUUUAAUAUCGCAAACUUACCAUAGACAAAAUCUAAAUGCCAGCAGACCCUCUUGAACAGCAUUUAUUUCAAGCUAUACACAGCACUCCAAAUUUCCAGUCCAGUCUUGUUUGAUUUACUCUUUGUUAAACUAUUAAAGUCCUAAAAUUUAAACUAAGAUAUAUUUUAAACAUUUUAUUACACGGAUUCCAUGGAUAUUUUCAGAACAGCAAUUCCAUGUAAUCAUAUCCAUAUAUUCUUCAUACGAAUCUUAAAAAUGUGAGAUCUACAUUAAAGUAUGUUAAUGGCACACAAUUGGAUGUUUAUUUUUUAGUUUAAGAUCAGAAUUGUAAAUUGUCAUUUUGUAAAUCGCUCUCAGAAAACAAUCCGUGUACUUCAUUUCUGACUUUUGUGAUUCAUUAAUGUUAUUUUUAUAUGUGAGACUGGUACUCAUAGAUUAAAAGGACAUAAAUCAAUAGUAA